AUGGCUUCCUUUUGGGAACAGCCGGAGAAACACCGGCGGGGCAUCGAGGCACUCCUUGCUGACAUGCCCAAGGAUGCGGUAGAGGAGUUGUCCACUCUCCUCCAAGAGCAGGGGAUUGAGGCGUCCUCUCCCCAGGACUUCCUUAGCACCCUGCCUACCGCCUCCAUGCACGCCCCCGCAUUAGCGCUGGUCCGCAAGCUCAGGGAUCAAGCGGUUCAGGAAGCCAGAAAGGCUGAGGCCUCCUCCUUCGAGGAGUGGCUGCUUACCGGAGCCCGCAAGGGCAUGCGGCCCCUCUUCCGCUACCUCAAGAAGGAAGAAACCAACGUGGCCAGGCCCUUCAGCGAUGUCGCGGCUGAGGCGCGGCCUUUCGUGCGUCUGAAAUAUUGGGCGGAACUGUGGCAAGCCCAGGGGCGGCCACCCCCCCACUUCAGCGCGCUGCGGCAGCAAGCGGUCGCACAGGCACGCCAGCUUCCGGCGGUCACCGGACAACACAUGUACCGGUACAUCCGCUCCAUGCCCAACAAGGCUCCGGGGCUGGACGGCUGGGACGUGCCUUUUCUGAAAGCGCUCACGUUCGAGGAGGUAUCGACCCUCGCGGAGCUAUGGCGUGCUGUGGAGUUGGACGGAGCCUGUCGGGUCGACAAGGUGCAUCGUUGCACCAUCUUCUUCGACCUCAGCACCUUCUAUGAGCGCGUCAGCCACGAGAGGAAUUGCUUUGGAGACCAUGCCGAAGAGAGCAUGAUCCUGGAGGCAGAUGUGGAUGCACGAGUCACCGAACUGCUGGCCGGUGCUUCCACUGGCGACAAGCUUGUCAACACGGUGCACCAAAUCAUGGUGUUGUUCCGCGAGCAUGGCCUCGUCACUUCGAUGCGAUUGGUGCCUGCAGCUGUUGGGGUGCAUCCCAAGAACAGGGAUGGCACAGGCCUGAACAGUGCAGAUGUGCACACUCUGCUUUCCAACCUACUUGAAGUAGGCUUCGUUGCAGAAAGAACGCACUGUGUCGCGAUCGAGCCUGCGAACGAGCAAGAGCUCGAUUGGAACAAUCAGCUCGUUGGCAGCUGCCAAGGCCUCUUGGGCACCAUGAAGCCACAGACCUUGAAGGCCUUGAGCCUCUGUGGCAGCCAUACGAAUUUCGCACUCCGCAUCGUCGCAGACGGGGCCCCUCACGAGGGCCCCGAGAGCCACAGGGUCACCGUUGGAGGCCACCUCGAUGUGGCACUGGUGGCCAAGGUGGAUGCAGCCCUAGCUGAACACGUCCAGAAGGGGUUGAACUGGGAGGUUUUGUCCUCAUCCAUUGGCCUUCGAUGGCCGGAGCUGCUGCAAAUGAUCCAAGCGGCGGGAAAUGCUACACUCCAAAAGUCGGAGUCCGAGCUGCAAGUCCUGCGAAAGACCUUCCAGUUGAUCGUUGCACAGCAAAAGGCCGGCAUCCCACUGGACUUUAACAUCAUCAAAAAGAAGGCCCUGUCAUCUCGGCCUGCAUGUGGCAGUUCCUUCGCUCACCUGUACCAGUUCGCCCUGUAUUGUGGAGGAGUCGAUGGCAAGUUCUUGGCUGAGACAGAGCAGUAUGUGAGGGCCAGGGGCUCCACGACAGCUCUGGGCGACAAGGUGUGGGAGGCCAUCUGCCACGAAAUCAAAGGCAGCAAGAACCAGGCGGCCUUCUUUCGACACGGCUUGCUGAAAUCGGCUUUGACAGGCAUGCAAAUGAGUGCGACGGAGGUGAAGCGAGUUUUCAGCAAUACCUCCAUGGUUGGCAAGGCACUGAAGGCCGAUGGUCUGAUGUCCGAGCUGCGAGGGUUGGUUGGCUCUCAUGUGAAUCUCCAUGACCAGAACUUCGUCAAUGUGUUCGCUGUGGUGGACAGCAACCUUGUGGCCCAUGUGAUGGGCUUGAGUGUGCAUGCCGAAGAGAAGAAAUACAAAGCCUUAGAAGCCAUCGUGCACGAUGCAGUGUCCAUCCUCAGCGGUAUGGUCGGGGUGCACAUCGACUCCCCGUGGCAGGGGCAUGCAGAGUCGAUCCCAAGUGCAUCGGCAAGCACCGCUAAGCCCGUAGAUCGGUUGGUCGAACUGAAUGCUGAUGGAUCCUUGAAGACCCCAGGGGCCAUUCUGGAGGCCAUGAACAUGAAGGUGGGCUCAUGCAUUCGCCGUCGCAAAGACAAAAUGGAGUGCGAGAUUCUCGCAAUCGACCAUGCUGUGAAGCUGAAGAGCCUGGCCGACGGCCGGGCGCUACGAGCCACGAUCGAUGCUUUUGUGCGAGGUGAAUGGCUCGUUUUCACUCGCAAGGCAGAAGUUCAUGGAAUCGAGGAUCUCGUUCCAUUCGGACCCCGGUCAGUCCACCCGGAGUUCGCAACAGCCAAAACGAUUGCAAUGAUCCACAUGGAAAUCCAUGCUCUGGUUGACACCCAUGACAUGCAUGACACGAUGGCGAAGUUGAAGUUGCACAUUCGCCCCACCAAACUGCUGGCCAAGACGGCUGUGGCCAAGGGCAAGCUCAUGCUGGUGCCCUUCAGCUCGAAAGUGCUUUCCCGAAGCAGCAGCGAGCCAAUGCAGGGAGGUGUCGAGGUAACCUUGAAGAAAGGUUGCCAGGAUCGUCGGUUCUACAUCGCUGCAUCCAACGUGAUGCCGAAAGCAAGCGAGGAGGCCCCGGACGACCUCGUGGGGUUCUUGUCGCCAUUUUUCUUGGUCCAGACUGUAGAGGACGAGACCAAAGCCAACAUGACCAUGGUGCUAUCCGGAACCAAGCAAUCGGAUGUUCGGAUCCCGAUGCUGAAGAACUCGGUGGCUCUGACUGCCGGGCAAGAGUUGCUUGUGCACAAGGAGAAGGCCGCCAGGCAGGAGGACCCGCUGGAGCUCGUUGUCAUCAACCCAAUCGCUUCAGAUACUUGGAUUCCAAGUAUGGACUUCGAAGCUGCAGACGAAGAUCAUCAGCUUCACUUGUCCCAGAAGUGGGUUGUGAACCUUAAAGGCUGCAAAACCUGGGUCCCCAAGCAAAAGGAAGUGAACGACGGCACGUUUCUUGCUCUGUCCAAAUGGGACAGACAAUGCAUCCUCGCCUUCACAGAUAGGGCAUUGGACCUGAGGGCAAACAAGGACGGUGGGAGCUUGAACUCGGAGGUUUGGGCCGAGCUCAUUGCAGCUCGACAAGAGGUCGCCAAUGAUGCCAUCGAGGAGGCUUUCAAGACGGAGGACCAUGAGCAAGAGAAGGGGCACAAGAAAGCCAAGGUACUCAGAGCUUCGUCGAAACACGACUUUAUGGCUCCUCCGAUCCUCACCGUGCACUACAAGGGGCAUGCCUUUCGUGUGCUGUACGAGGGUUUGGGAGGCAACACGUUGUGGGUCGAGGCUAAGGAGGCCAAGGUUAAGAAGGCAGCGAAGUCCCCGAAGAAGCGACGACAGUUGCACAAGGCAUUCACAGGCCACUUCAGGCACUUCGGUAGGAUGGUCAUCCUCAGUGCCUCGAUGGCCGGGGACGACGAGGAGGAGAUGGCCCUGUUCGUGGAGCUUGACCUCCUGGAGAGCUUCCAUCCAAUGAAGAGAGGAGCCUCGUAUAGUUGUCACUUGGAACUUUUGGUUUUUGAUGCACAUGCAGGACGGUGGGGAAACACGUCCUCUCAGUUCCGCUGGACGAAAGCCUCCGGGUGGAGACUCGUCAGGUUGGAGGUGGGUUCUUUCAAAUUUUGCAGCCUUUGA